AUGCGGGCGGCCGACGCGGGCUCCUGGGAGCGCGUCCGGCAGCUGGCGGCGCAGGGCGAGCCGGCGCCGAGCUGCUUUCCGGGGGCCGGGCCCGCGCGCCUCCCGGGGCCCGCGGCCUGCGAGCCGUGCGCGUACGCGCCGGGGCCCGGCGGUCGGCUCGGCGCCGGGGCGCCCUCCUCGGGAGCGGAUGACGACGCCCGCCAGCCGGUGCUACGGGAGGAAGUGGCCCGGCUCCAGGAGGAAGUUCACCUUCUCCGGCAGAUGAAGGAGAUGCUGGCCAAGGACCUGGAGGAGUCGCAGGGCGGCAAGGGCCCCGAGGUCCUCACGGCCACCGAGCUCCGGGUCCAGCUGGUGCAGAAGGAGCAGGAACUGGCCAGAGCCAAAGAGGCCUUGCAGGCCAUGAAAGCUGACCGGAAGCGCUUGAAGGGCGAGAAGACUGACCUGGUGAGCCAGAUGCAGCAGCUCUAUGCCACACUGGAGAGCCGCGAGGAGCAGCUGCGGGACUUCAUCCGCAACUAUGAGCAGCACCGCAAGGAAAGUGAGGAUGCCGUCAAGGCCCUGGCCAAGGAGAAGGACCUCCUGGAGCGGGAGAAGUGGGAGCUGCGGCGUCAGGCCAAGGAGGCCACCGACCACGCCGCCGCGCUGCGCUCCCAGCUGGACCUGAAGGACAACCGCAUGAAGGAGCUGGAGGCCGAGCUGGCUAUGGCUAAGCAGUCCCUAGCCACGCUGACCAAGGAUGUCCCCAAGCGGCAUUCCCUCGCCAUGCCGGGCGAGACGGUGCUCAACGGUAACCAGGAGUGGGUGGUGCAGGCAGACCUCCCGCUGACCGCGGCCAUCCGCCAGAGCCAGCAGACCCUCUACCACUCCCACCCUCCCCACCCUGCGGACCGGCAAGCGGUCAGGGUCAGCCCCUGCCACUCACGGCAGCCCUCCGUCAUCUCCGAUGCAUCCGCUGCCGAAGGUGACCGGUCAUCCACGCCCAGCGACAUCAACUCGCCGCGACACCGGACCCACUCUCUCUGCAACGGCGACAGUCCCGGCCCAGUUCAGAAGAACCUGCACAACCCUAUUGUACAGUCACUAGAGGACCUUGAAGACCAAAAACGGAAAAAGAAAAAAGAGAAGAUGGGAUUCGGCUCCAUCUCCCGCGUGUUCGCCAGAGGGAAGCAGCGGAAGUCCCUCGACCCAGGCCUCUUUGAUGACUCGGACAGCCAGGGCAGCCCCACGCGGCACAGCCUGGGCCUGUCGGAGGGCGAGGAGCAGGCGGAUCGGCUGCAGCACGUGGAGCUGGUCCGGAGCACACCCAUGUCGCACUGGAAGGCCGGCGCCGUGCAGGCCUGGCUAGAGGUGGUCAUGGCCAUGCCCAUGUAUGUCAAGGCCUGCGCCGAGAACGUGAAGAGCGGGAAGGUGCUGCUGAGCCUGAGUGACGAGGACCUGGAGCUGGGCCUGGGCGUGUGCAGCUCCCUGCACCGGCGCAAGCUACGCCUGGCCAUCGAGGACUACCGGGAUGCUGAAGCCGGCCGCAGUCUGUCCAAGGCUGCUGACCUGGACCAUCACUGGGUGGCGAAGGCCUGGCUCAAUGACAUCGGCCUCUCACAGUACUCCCAGGCUUUCCAGAACCACCUGGUGGACGGGCGGAUGCUGAACUCCCUGAUGAAGCGGGAUCUGGAGAAGCACCUGAACGUGUCAAAGAAGUUCCACCAGGUCAGCAUCCUGCUAGGGAUCGAGCUGCUCUACCAAGUGAACUUCAGCAGAGAGACCCUCCAGGAGCGCCGGGCCCGCUGUGAGACACAGAACACAGACCCUGUGGUGUGGACCAAUCAGCGUGUGCUAAAGUGGGUGCGAGACAUUGACCUGAAGGAGUACGCCGACAACCUGACCAACAGCGGCGUCCAUGGUGCUGUGCUGGUGCUGGAGCCCACAUUCAAUGCAGAGGCCAUGGCCACAGCCCUGGGCAUCCCCAGUGGGAAGCACAUCCUCCGGAGACACUUAGCGGAGGAGAUGAGCAUCAUCUUCCACCCGGUCAGCUCCACAGGCCUCCGGGACGCUGAGCGGUUUGGGACCCCCCCUGGCCGGGCCUCCAGUGUCACCCGGGCCGGGAAGGAAGAGAAUGGAGGCAUCAAGUACAGGGCUGGCCGGCUGCCCCUGGGGAAGAUAGGAAGGGGGUUCAAAGACCCCGAUUUCCAUGACGACUACGGCUCGCUUCAGAACGAAGACUGUGGGGAGGAUGAGCUCCAGAGCGGGCGGGAGCAGAGCCGCCUGGACAGCCACGGCCCCCUGGAGGCCACCAAUGUGUGAGGGGCCUGCGGCCGCAGCCCAACCCCGACGGCCCCGUGCUGUCCCAAACCCAC